AAGGUCUCAUUGCUACUCGCCACUCGCCACUCCCGAACAGGGCUUCCCUGUUCAAGCCAAGCUCUGAAAUUAAAACUAGAUCUAAAUCUAGACCUAAGACACACGAACUUUAAGAGUUCGUAUAGUACCAAAUUUCGAAACAAAAGUAACUGUACCUAGAUCAGUAAUCGUGUUCUUGUAACUGUAAGCAACUUAAAAAAAAAAAAACCUUUGUAAAAGCUUUUCAAUAAAGUAUAUUUAAUGAUGACAGAUUAGUAGGACAUUAAUUCACAGAAUUGUCUUCAUAAAUAUCUGAUACUUUUGUGAGAAGAGAGUCAACCAGUCAACAUGACAGGAGCGAUUGGCAUCGUCUGCGUUCUGGCAAUCCUAACAGCACAAGCAAUUUCAUCUCCAGUUACCCCUUCUGUAUGUAUAAACGCUCUGGCGCCACCUACUGACCUUCCUGGUGUUAAUCAAAUGGGAAAUGACCCAACCACGCCUCUGUUCCGCCUUCACUUCACAAAACACACGGAGAACAAAGGACGUAGAGACUCUCGACAAGCGUACAGAGUACACUUGGCGGUAACGUCCUCGCGAGUUGCCUUCAGUGACGCCAAGGUAUCUCUGGAAACCACCGGGAACUGUGGCGUCGGUUCCCUGAAGUACGAUUCCAACGACUUCUUCCAGGCUCGACAGACGAACGACUCGUGUCCAAAACUUCUCCUCACCAGCCACAAAACUCCGAUGACUGAAUUGCCGUCCCUCAUUUGGACACCUCCCGAGUGCGGAUGUGUGCUUGUGAGAGUUCUUGUCAUCGAGAAAGGAACUGUCUACUACGCUGAGCGGGAAGGAGUGAAAAAGGGUCCCUUGGCUCAACUCGUUUGCGUGAAGAAGGCGUCAAGAGAGCAGUACCUGGACACUUUGUGCAGUGUGCUUGACCGCUACCUGACUACAGAGAUCAUUUCCAGCGACUCUUUCCUCACACGCCAUCGGCUGACGGAGAGAACUGCCGACAGGUUCUCCCUUGACCUCAACAUCAAGAUGAGGCGAUCGGAUGCUAGAACCUGCUGCAGUAAGGAUUCGUCUGAGGAACGGAUCGAGUGUUUUAAUGAUUCUCGAUGGCAUCGGAUCGACCGAUUUUGUAAGGAUGGCUCCCCGGACCUUCCGUUGACGGAACUCCGUAUGGUUCACAUGCGGAAUAGGGAACAGGAAUGCUGCUUUAUCUUUGGCAAGUAUCGCUAUCCAUGUUUUGCUGAGGGAAACAAAGCAGGACGUGCAUUUGUGGGAGCAUCGCCCUUGGAUUUUUCAAUGGACGAGACCGAUCCUGCUAACGAUGUAGCCGAAUUUGUUUCUGAGAAGGAUCAAGAUAUUGUGUCAAAGUUAACUCCUCUGAAGUUCGAUGUUGGUGUAAAUGAAGACCCUGUGGAAACCAGGAAAGGGGUUGAACAAUUACCAAAAGACAAGUUCGAAAAAAGCAAUGCGAAAGACACGGAUAACGAAGUGAGAAACAGUAACACAAAGACGGGGGCCGUUAAGCGUGAAAGAAAGAGGAAACACCACAAGGCUACGGAGACAGGUGAUGUCGCUCCGAGCCUAGAGAUCCAGGGCGUGCAUACCACGGGCACUCCAUCGGAAGUCGCACGCUUACCGCCAAGAAGUGAUCAUUCUUUUCCUGGACUGGUCACAGACAGAUCUAGAGGCGCUCCAAGCAAGCCCAGACGCAAGAUGGUGCCUGGUGAGAGAUUUCACGACGCUACAAAUUUUCCAGAUGACGAGACAGACAUUCUAGCCAGAACUUUGACAAACGUCGACAGAAGACUUGGUCUUCGAAAGAGCGGAGAAACGAAAUCUGGACGACGAUCGAGUGGAGAGGGAUUCGGAUAUAGGCAGAACAGUGGAGACAUUGAGAACUACGAUGGUCUUCUGUCGAGCGGCAUUUAUGACAAGGCACGGAACGGCGCCCCAGCCAAAAGACUGUACCCUGAGGCAGAGGGCGGAGCUUCGUGGAUGACGCGUUUUUCUGAGUAUCCAAAGGGGCGUGUUCUGGCUGCAGCACGACAUGUCAGUAGAGGGUUGAACAAACGGCUGUCAAAUGCUGACAGGAGAAGGAAAAGUAGCAAAGUCCAACACGGAAUUGAGGAUCAAGGGAGAGCAUCUGUGGACAAAACUCUAGGAAAACUGGAGAGAAAGCUGCAACGUCUUCGCCUGAAGCAACACUGCUGUGAGGCCGGGGCCGCUGCCGGAGGUCAAGUGUACGGGGGAUUCACGCAUGCGUGGAGAGAAUGUUCACACAGCAGCGAGAAACUGGUGGAUAGGCUGCGCCCGACGUUUGGUCAUAAAGUGUGUCGGGAACAGUUCAAGAAGUGCUGUGUCGAGAUGUCCGUCAGUGGUCCAUCCAUGACGAGUCAAGAAUUCCGCGAAGCCGAAUUCCAGUACCUAGACAACCGUCAGCGUAUUCCAGCCUCACAAAUGGCUGACCAUGGAUUUGAUGGAGUCGGCAGAGAGACCCCAGAAGAAUAUGACGACGCAGGAGAGAAGAGAUACAAGAGCAUGAGAGAAGUUCCCGACGACGAGGACUUCUUUGACGAGGAGUACAAUGGGCCUGCUCGUUUUGACGAGAUUGACGACGAAAUGGCGGCAGAGUAUGGUGGUCUAGAUAGGAGUGGGGUAGAGAAAAAAGACGAGGAGACAAAGAAGAAGGCUCUCAAAUCGAAGCGCAGGAAAGACACUAAAAACGAUGAUGAUGUGGAUGAUGACGAUGAUGUAGAGGAUGAAGAUGAAGAUGAAAAAUUUGAGCUUGAGCUAGGUCUUGUUGAUGUUGGAGCUCUCGAAGGUCAAGUGGUACCCAAGAAAGAAGUUUUAAGGAAAAAUGACAAAAACACCACAGAAACAUCACAGAAAGAGUUCAAGAAAGGCGGUCAAACACCACAAAAUUCAACGACACAAACAGCUGCCGAAAAAGAGGAGAGAAGGGAAGCUGUUGAGGUCAGGCCCAAACAUCACAGAAAAUCAAAAGAGGAAACGGAAAACAAGGAAGCCGCUAUGAGUGGGUUUGAUGCUCAAGUCCUCGACAUAAUUGGGCGCCCGACUCAGCCCAGAGCCCCAUCGAGAUCUCAAAACACACCCAAGCAGCGGCGCAGAAGAAAGCACCACGGCGGAUCCUCAAAAAGAGGACGAUCUCGUUCCCGAUCUAAGGAGGGCAGGCGUCGGUCCUCAAGACGUUCUUCCAGGAAAAGCAAGGAACGUCGACACCGUGGAGGGCGUCACCGUUACGGCCACAAGACGCCGCAAUACCACCACCCAUUCGGACCAGGAGGCGCGAAAGAUUCGCAUGAGAUGGCAGCGAUAAAUACAAGACGCAUGGCCGGCGGUAUGGACUCGAAAGAAUUAGCAGAAGCUUUCAGUCAAGGCACUUUUGCUCAUCCAAUGAGAGACAGGACUCCGUCGCGAUCGAGAAGUCAAUUUUAGUGGUUGAAAUGUGCUAAAUUAGUUAAUGCGAAAGGCAUUAUUUAUUUUAAAAAUGCAAUAAAAUGGUUUUGUUUUAUCUGAAGUACUUACGUUUUUAGAAUGUAUAUCAUACUAUCGUUUUGCCAUGAAUUCAAUUUCUUGCCAACAUCUUUUUUCUGCUAUCAUCCAAAAGGCAUACUACGAAGAGUUUGUAAAGCAAUAAAAACCGUUUUGAAUGCAAACUGUAUUAAAAUAGUGUUUAAAAAGAUAAACUGAGAUAACAUUACAGUAUUGUCAAACAACUGACAUAGGAUUACGCUGAUCGGCUGUUCAUAUUUCAAACUAUGUAUGUCAUUAAUUAUUUGAUAAUUUGGUAGUUUUUAGAACAGUUAUUGUCCACAUUUUUCCAAGAAACACUACCUAUUGUAUAAAAGUCUUAUUACUCCAAUUAAUGAAGUGUUCAUUUGGGAAUUCUUGCCUUGUAUUUUGACAUUCAUAAUAUUUUUUUAAUGAUGUCAUUAAAUGCACCGAAAAAAAAGCAUUUUUAUCUUUAUUCAUCAUAUUUGUAGCCAAUGGGCAUUCUCGAUUUCAUUUUGAUAUGCCGUCCAAAUUAAAUUCAUAAUCAUAAACAUUGAUUCCAAGUUCCCUGGAAAUACACAAGAAUCAUAAUACAAUGUAAUCCUUGUUACGUAUACGCAUUUUAGCUAUUUUAAAUCCUAUUGUUAAGUGUGCUUCUGAUUGUAAAAAUUCGACAUGUUUCCCGUUGAUAGAACUAAAGGGACUGUUUCCAACCUAAAUCACCAAGAUUAAGUACUGCAUCGUGGAAUAGGGAAAAUUCGAAAAGAAAAAUUAAAGAUAAGGGAAGCAGAAGUGUAAACCUGAGUGAAAAGCAAAAAGCAGGAGCUGGAGUGGCAGCAAUAAAUAUAUUCAAACAAAAAAGCGAUGUGAUUUUUGGGAUGCGAAAGUGAGAUUAGGAAGGGUAGACGUGAAAGAGGAUGAGAGAAAAAGAAGGGGAAGGAAGAAUGAGGAGGAGUAUCAGAGCAGCUCAAGUUUGUUGAUUUAAAGAAAAAAAAGGAAAAAAAAAAAGAAAAAAAAACAAAAAGAAAAAACCAUAAAUAUCUCUCAUUGUCCUGUAGGUAAAUUUUUUUCACUCGAAGAGUGUACUAUUGACUAACGAUCAAUGAUUACUCUUCACCCUGUUCAUAAGAUGUGUUUUUUUUAAAAGUAUUUUUAUUUGAUUUACUCUUUUCGGGGUUUCGCGUUUUUUUUAAUGGAUAAGUGUUCAUGUACAACGAAUUGCUGACAAAAUGUUAUUUCCUUGUUUUCUCCCUUUACUCCGUGCCAUGCCAUUUUGAACCAUGACCAAUAAAAGUAUAUGACGUUUUAGUUGGAAAAUAA